CUUGAGAAGGUAGGGAGUGAAGAUGAAGGUGUCUCUGGCCACGGGCGCGGGAGGCAGUGGGGAAAAGAAGUACUAGUGGGUUUUCCCCCCACCCGGCUCCCUGGCUCUGAUAUUUGGGUCUCGCUUAUCGUCGACCCGACUGUGGCCCUCGGGUUGGCUUGUCCCUGGCGUCCAAGGCAUCAACAGCUAGCUGAGCCCCUAGACUUAGCAGGUCUGUGAGAGCCCGGGAGUGGGCGGUUCACUGCUUCUGCUUCUGGGGAGCAGGCUGUGUGCACUUUGACCUUUGACUGUGCAAGCUUCUGCUUAUCCAGAUAUGGAAAAAUGAAUAAGAGAGAUUGGCCCUUCUUGACAGUUCAAAGAAAUGCUAACACAGACAGUCUGGUAUUCCACAUGAAAAAUGGGAUGAGACUCUCCAAGUAUAAGCCAGCAGACUAUCAACAAUUGCGUGCCUUAACUGAAGCCAAGAAAGUAGCUUCUGCUUCUGCAGAACUGAAGAUCAGAAAAGCAGUGGAAACGUCAAAGACAUCUAAAGCACAAAUGUUACUCAAACAACACAAGCAGGUGUGGUGGCAGGAAUACCAGCGGCUGAAGGAAAGCAGAUGUAAAUUGGAAUCUGAAAUAAAAUCUUUUCUCACUGAAGAGAACAUUGGAAAUGAAUGCCUUUGUGACUUUAUGACUUUUGAGCAAGAACUAAGUGAACAGUGGUGCAUGUAUCUUAAAAAUGUGAUCAAUCCUAUGAACCAGCUGCGAAUGGACCUCAAGUACAGACAGCACUGCUCUCUACAGCCGUUGUACCCUCAUGCACAGAUUAGCCCAGCCAACGUCCUGGAAGAGGUUGGCUUUGUGAAGAAACAAUCAAAUGCUGUCUUUGAAAAACUGAAGCUGGAACAACAGAAAAUAGAAAAUGAUCUUGUGUGCUGGACUAGGAAGAUAUUUGAUUAUUCUUCAGAUGAAAAUGCUAACCUGCUCAGUGAACUGCCCACAGAAUUAGAAGCUUUGGAAUGUCCAUACCCUGAUCUGAAAUCUUCCAUCUUUAAUGAGUUCUAUAAUUUUAUGGAAAAAUAUCAAAAGAAACUUCAAGAUUUUGAUCUGCAGUUAGAAGUCAUACACAGAAACUUCCAACUGAGUGAAGAAGACCACUGGAUUUAUCAGGCUGUGUUAAAUCAGUAUCCUGGACAUCUCUCUGGCAGAAGGAGUUUGUAUCUGGAUAUGUUACAAAGAUAUUUUCCUUACAAAUCUAGGCAUGAUUUGGUGGAACACGAGAAGUAUUUUGACCACUAUCGUUUUGUGAGGGAGCAGAGAAGAAUCCUGAUAGAAAACUGGAAUAGGAAUCGGAAAGUCUUUAUACAGAAGGCAAUGCUGACCCUCCUCGAGGCUUGUGCAGCCCAUGAAAUGGAGAAUACUUUGGCUCAAGAUAGGAAAAAGCAACAGGAAUUAUGUGCCAACUUGAAAGCUAAGGUUUCUCAGUGGCGAGCCCACCAGGAAGAGGUAGCAAGACUAGAAAUGGAAAUUUAUACCAGAAGAAGAGCAAAGGAAGAGGAAAACUGGAAACUUUGGAAAGAGAAGGAAUUGCUACAAAGAGAAGAGAAGAAGGACAAGAUAAGAAAAUACUGGGCUAAGAAAGAACAGAAGUGUCAAGAAAUGGAAAUGAGAGACCUUCAACGUCUAGAAGAACUGAAGAAAUUAAUGGCUGAACAGUCAGUAAAAGACAGAGAAAGGGUUAAAUAUAGACAAGAGCUACUGGAGAAGCGUGUGAUGGAGAAAAAGGAAGCCUCCCUUCAGGAAGCACGUGAAGAAGCAGAAAGAACAAGGCGGCUGGAGGCCCUUCGGAAACAGGUGGCUGUUGUUGCUCAAUUUGAUCCUGUUCGAAUGAUGUCAGACACAGUGGCGUGGAAAGCUAGGACAGGGACUGCAGUGGAAGAAGAGUUUGUUCUCCAAAAGCCACUCUUCAUGUUGAACACAUACAAUCAGCAGCAGAUAAUCUCCGACCCUAGACUUCGCUUCGAGUUAGCACUUCGAGAAGCUGGACUUCAUAAAACAUCAUAUGCCAAAGAGAUGCUACCAAAAAUUAACCCUCAAAAACCUCCAAGAAAGGAUAUGGAGUCUACUGUAUUUAAAAUCUAGAGCACAGAUGUAAACUUAGGUUUUACUUUGAAAACAUUUAUAUGAAUGACAAUAAUUACCACAUCCUAAUUUUUGAAAAUAAUCAUAGCAUUUAUUAAACAACUUUGUAAUUUU